GAGGAAGAGCUUCCAAGAGGCCAGUCAAGGAUCUAAAGAGUUUAGACUCAUAGACUCAAACUCCAGCAGGCAGAUCCUGAAAGCCACACCAUGUUUGGGUUCAUGCAGAAGCGCCUCGAAGAACACCUAAUAGAACGGAGAAUUUGGAAGAACCGGUUGGUGACCAAAGAUGGCCACUGCAACAUCGAAUUUGGCAACGUAAAGUACAGCAACCACUUUGCCCUACUUGCAGACUUCUGGACGACCUUCAUAGAAGUCCGCUGGCGUUUCAUGAUCUUCUUCUUCGUCGCAUCCUUCACCCUGAGCUGGUUUAUCUUCGGGUUGCUGUGGUACUGGAUUUCCCGAAAUAACGGGGACCUGUUCUGGCAGGAACAUCUAGAUGAGCACUCUCCCUGCGUGGAGAACGUCUAUGGAAUGACCACUGCGUUCCUCUACUCCCUGGAAACCCAAACCACCAUUGGCUAUGGUGGCCGAGCCAUUACUCCCGAUUGCCCUGGGGCUGUGGCCCUGCUAAUCAUACAAUCUCUGAUCGGAGCCAUUAUUAACUGCUUCAUGUGUGGAGUAAUCCUCGCCAAGAUCUCCCUACCUAAGAAGAGGGCCAAGACCAUUAACUUCAGUGAGAUGGCCGUCAUCUGUCCAAAGAAUGGCACCCUUUGCCUGUCCAUUAGGGUGGCCAACCUUCGCAAGACCCUAAUGAUUGGGAGCCAGAUCUACGGCAAGUUGUUGAGGACAACCAUCACACCAGACGGAGAAACCAUUAUCAUGGACCAGGUGAACAUUGAUUUCAUGGUUGACGCUGGGAAGGACAAUCUCUUCUUUGUGUGCCCCCUCACACUGUACCACGUGAUUGACAAGGUCAGCCCUUUCUUUGACAUGGCGGUGGACACGCUGCACAAGCAUGAGUUUGAGCUUGUGGUCUUCCUGGAUGGCACAGCCGAGUCCACAAGCUCUGCUUGUCAGGUGAGAACCUCCUUCAUUCCCCAGGAGAUCAUGUGGGGUUACAACUUUAUGCCUAUCAUCUCCCGCAGCAAGGAGGGCAAAUACAAAGUGGACUUCUCCAACUUCUCCAAGGUGGUGCCAGUGGCGACUGCACACUGCGCCUACUGUUUCCAUGACAUCAAGGGAAACCACCAUCACUCCAUGACCGGAACUGACAACCAAGGCUUUGAAGUGAUUGAAAUCGAACAGCCCAACAACACCAAAAUGUGAUAUGUUUGUUUGGUACCAGUGUCACACAACAUGUGUCACAACGUAAUGUUAGGAAUAGAGUGAAUCAACUCUGGCUGAGGCAACAUAAAUGACCUGUUUGAGGGCCUAAAAGAUCACUAGACUGUCUAGUCUCUCCGUCGU